GACAUGCGCAAGAGGAGAAGCUUCUCCACCGCUGCGCAGCGUUUCCGCCUUGGCUGAGCAAACGCGGGCGCACACAGUCCGAGAGGGGCGGGGAGCAAAGCCGAGACGCAGUGGUGGUAGAGAGGGAAGACGCAGCGAGCACGGAUUCGAGCAAAUUUCACGCCAGCCUCCACGUUUUCCCCUCUUAGAGAGGCGACCUGUGCGGCGCGCACCGAAGCCUUCCCAGCAUGGAUACUGCGCUAAAGGAGAGGCACUAAGAUGUGACGCUCGCGGGACAGAUUAGGGGAGACAGAGACCGCGCGUGUGCGUGCCUGUGUGUGCGUGCUCGUGGGGAAGAAAGUGGGCUGCACUCGUCUUUUUUUUUUUUUUUUUUUUUUCCGUUUGCCGGUGAUUUUAAAUCUGAGCUGCGCGGCGAGAAGAUGAAGAAGUUUAACAUCAGGAAGGUGCUGGACGGCUUGAAAGAGGCGUCUUCCUCCUCUUCCUCCUCCACGCCGUCUGUCCAAGUAGGGCCCCAGGAGAACAACCUGAUCCAGGAGACGCUCCAGUCCGAGCAUUUCCAGCUCUGCAAGACUGUCCGUCAUGGCUUCCCCUAUCAGCCUUCGUCGAUGGCUUUUGACCCCGUGCAGAAGAUCCUGGCCAUCGGUACCCAGAGUGGAGCUCUCAGAUUGUUUGGUCGUCCUGGGGUCGAAUGCUACUGUCAGCAUGAGAGCGGAGCAGCCGUCAUCCAGCUCCAGUUUCUUAUCAAUGAGGGAGCGCUGGUGAGUGCUUUGGCCGAUGACAGCGUCCACUUGUGGAACCUGAGGCAGAAAAGACCAGCAGUCCUCCAUUCCCUCAAGUUCAACAGAGAGAGAAUAACUUUCUGCCACCUGCCAUUCCAGAGUAAAUGGCUGUACAUCGGCACAGAACGAGGGAACAUCCACAUCGUCAAUGUGGAGUCCUUCAUGCUCUCAGGCUACGUCAUCAUGUGGAACAAAGCCAUUGAACUUUCCUCCAAGACUCACCCGGGACCCGUUGUCCACAUAAGUGAUAACCCUAUGGAUGAGGGAAAGCUUAUAAUUGGAUUUGAGUCUGGGAUCGUGGUCCUGUGGGAUUUGAAAUCAAAGAAAGCAGACUAUCGCUACACUUAUGAUGAGGCUAUCCACUCAGUUGCCUGGCAUCAUGAUGGAAAACAGUUCAUUUGCAGUCAUUCAGAUGGAACUCUGACUAUAUGGAACAUCAGAGGCCAAGGAAAACCCAUACAGACAAUCACACCGCAUGGAAAACAGCCCAAGGAUGGAAAGAAGUCAGAGUCGUGUAAACCCAUUCUUAAAGUGGAAUAUAAAACAACGAGAAAUGGGGACCCUUUCAUUAUAUUCUCUGGUGGUCUGUCUUAUGACACGGUGGGACGGAGGCCAUGUCUGACAGUCAUGCACGGAAAGAGUAUUGCUGUGCUGGAGAUGGAUUAUCCUAUCGUAGACUUUCUCACGCUAUGUGAGACACCAUAUCCUAAUGAUUUUCAGGAGCCUUAUGCUGUGGUGGUCCUGUUAGAAAAAGAUUUAGUGGUGAUCGACCUUGCACAAAAUGGUUACCCCAUAUUUGAGAACCCAUAUCCUCUAACGAUCCACGAGUCUCCUGUAACCUGCUGUGAGUACUUUGCCGACUGCCCUGUGGAUCUGAUUCCUGCACUUUACUCUGUUGGUUCACGGCAAAAGCGACAGGGUUACAGCAAAAAGGAGUGGCCUAUUAGUGGUGGAAACUGGGGACAGGGCACACAGAGCUACUCCGAGAUCAUCAUCACUGGUCAUGCUGAUGGAACAGUGAAGUUCUGGGAUGCCUCUGCAAUAAUGCUCCAGGUGCUUUACAAGUUAAAAACGGCAAAGGUUUUUGACAGGAACCGAUCCAAGGAAGACAAGGGCAGCACUGAGGUGUCGGACGAAGAUCCCUUUGCCAUUCAGAUUAUGGCCUGGUGCCCUGAGAGCAGGAUGCUGUGUGUGGCCGGGGUGUCAGCCAAUGUUAUCAUCUACCGCUUCAGCAAGCUUGAAGUAACUACUGAGGUGGUGCAGUUACUAGAGGUGCGAAUGCAGUACGAGCUGAACGAAACAGAGUCUCCAGAUGGUGGAGGUGGCGAGCAAACGUCGGCACAUCCCACCCCUGGUGCCUCCCCUCAGACAAGCGGCCCACCUUCACACCCUUCUACCAGCAGCAACAACUCUGACGGAGGCAACAUACCCUGCCUUAAAGUGCGAAGUUCUCCUUUGAAGCAGUCUCCAGGCUACCAGGUGGAUUUGGUGGUCCAGUCAGUGUGGGUGAGUGGAGAGCCUCCUCAGCAGAUCACAAGUCUGGCGAUGAAUUCCUCCUACGGCCUAUUGGUGUUUGGCAACAGUAACGGCCUGGCAGUGGUGGACUACAUCCAGAAAACGGUAGUUCUUAAUCUGGGCACGGUGGAGCUUUACGGAUCCAAUGAUCCCUACCAGAGACAGCCUCGGUCGCCAAGAAAAGCACGGCAGCCUUCCGGAGGCUUGUGUGACAUUAACGAAUGUUCAGCCACAUCAGAGGACUGCUGCAAGUCUCCAACUUCAGUGUUGAUGUCACACAGCAAUCUUCAACAGUUCUACAAUGGAGGUGGUAGAGGAGCAAAGAUGUCACGGAAAUUAAGCUUACCUACUGAGCUAAAGCCAGACUUGGUCCUCCUGUCCGUGUGCCCACCGCGGGCUGCCAACCCCUUAGACCACCGGGACAACUCUUUCAGCCGCUCCCGCUCCUCCAGCGUCACCAGCAUCGACAAGGAAGCCCGAGAGACCAUCAACUCCUUUCACUUCUGUGAGACUUUUGCCCGGAAGGGAGACAGCACUUUGACGCCCUGUCUAUAUGUCGGCACUUCGCUGGGGACUGUACUAGUUUUGGCACUCACUUUGCCACCUGCAGGGGAGCAGCGGCAACUGCAGCCAAUUAUCAUUUCACCUACUGGUAUGUUGGUGCGGCUCAAGGGAAGCAUCAUGCGGAUGGCUUUUCUGGACUCUGCUGGUUCCCUGCUACCUUCUGCAUUUGAAACGUGGUGUGAGCCCAACGUCACAGCUGAUGGUGAAGAAAGAGAGAAGAUCCGAAAGAGGCGGCCUGUCUCCGUUUCACCUUCCACCUCACAGGAGCUCAAUGAGAGCCAGUUUGCUGUGGUGUGCUCUGAGAAGCAGGCCAAGGUCAUUUCACUUCCUUCCCAGACCUGCAUCUACAAACACAGCAUCACAGAGGCUUCUUUCGUCUUACGGGCAGACGUUGUACAGAUGAACCAGUCAGUGUGCAUGGCUUGUUUUUGUGCCAACGGCCACAUAAUGACCCUCAGUGUGCCGGGACUGAGACCGCUCAUGGAUGUAAACUACCUACCUUUGACAGACAUGCGAAUAGCCAGGACGUUCUGCUUCACAAACCUAGGCCAGGCCAUGUACCUUUGCUCGCCUACUGAGAUUCAGAGGAUAACUUACAGUCAAGAAACCUGUGAAAAUUUACAGGAGAUGCUGGGCGAACUUUUUACACCAGUAGAGACACCAGAGGCACCAAACAGAGGGUUUUUUAAAGGUCUCUUUGGAGGAGGAGCGCAAUCGCUUGACAGAGAAGAACUAUUUGGUGAGAUAGUGGCUGGGAAGGCAUCUCGAAGUCUGGCCCAGCACAUCCCCGGCCCAGGUGGCAUCGAGGGGAUGAAGGGGGCGGCUUCAGGUGUGGUCGGAGAUCUGGCACGUGCUCGGAUAGCACUGGACGAAAGAGGCCAAAAACUGGGUGAAAUGGAGGAGAGGACAGCUGCCAUGAUGGCCAGCGCAGAUUCUUUUUCCAAACAUGCCCAUGAUAUGAUGCUGAAAUGCAAAGACAAAAAAUGGUACCAAUUCUGACGGGCCACUGACAAGGAGCAGAGCUCUGUGGUUACAACUAUCUCACUGACCUUCCAUCUGCUCAUCUGGACUCACACUGACUCCUCCCGCCAUCUGUCUGUCGAGCUGUCUGUCUGAGCCUUCUUCACUGAAAACAUUUGGGAGUUUUUUUCCCUAGCACAAUGUUGGAUACUGUUCUUACCUCAGUGUGAAGGUGGAACUGAGGUAAAGAGGGGCAACCUCAGAGGAAAGUAAUACAUAAAUGGUGACAUUUUUUUUAUAUAUAUAUAUAUAUAUAUUUUGUUUUGGGCUUUUUACUUUUUGUCCAUGUUAAACCUUCCCUUCCAAGGCCUCAGAUUGGUCCAUGCCCCUGAGGAGUCCUCAUUCUCAUUUUGCCAAAACAUCCUUUUACUGUUGUCUCAUCUGUGUACCCUCUUGGCCAAUAUUCAGACCAACCAAUGGCUGAAAGAAGACUUAAUAUUUAACCAAGUUACAAUGAUUUCAUGUACGAGGAAAGGAGUCUAAAUAAAUCGAUAUAUCUAUACAUAGAUCUAAUAAAUGUGCAAUGCUGUAUUCACUUGUAGACUUUUGUACUUUAGUGACAAUUAUGAAAGAAUGGGAUUUCUCAUCAAGCCGAUGGAAGAGAAGCGUGCAGAGUCUGCAACAAUGUGGGCAGUCACGAAGAUUAAAGCUACUCUCUGAUUUAUGCUGGGUAUUUCCUCAUUUUAUUUGUUCUCAAAACUCUCCUCUGUAUCUUAGACUUUUAAACUGUUACAGAGUGCGUGUGCUUGUGGGCAUGAGGCAGUGUGUGUGUGUGUGUCAUUACUCUGUUUAAUAUUUCUUGGGGUUUUCUGCUCUGUAUUAUUCAAAAACUUAUUUUUCUAACGGUGUGAAAAUAGUCACAGACACAAAAUUACUUUGUUCUUUUGAAAAGGGCUGGAAUCUAUGAGAAGAGCAAGGCUAUCAUUUCUUUAUUGUUUUAUAUUGAAUUGGAUCUUUAACAUUUGACCCACUAGUCAUCAGUCCAGAAAAGAAAAACUAUCAACUUCUGUCUAUCUUUGAUGUCACAAGCUUCUCCAAUUAUAUAUAUAAUUGCAAUGCUUCUUGGCAAUAAACUUUAGACAGCAGGUAAAUGUUUUGUCCCCCCCACCCCCCCAAACAGGUUGCCACCUUUUCUUCAGUAUAAAUGUAUUUGUGGGUUAAGCAGCAUAAUGGAAGAUUUUGGAUGCAUCCCUGAGAAAAAAAACUAUUUUUCUCAAAACUUUGAAGAAACAAGACCUAUUGAGAACUGAACAAUUGAUAAUAUUUACCAAGCACUGCGUUAUUUUUACAUGCACUCCAGCAGUGCAUGGAAGCACUGCAAUCAGCCACAACAGCGUGAUUGUGCAUGCUGGCCAUGAGCUCGGUCAUUUACCUCUGUAGGAUGACAUUCCAUUCUUUAACCAGCAUUUCUCUCAGCCAGUUUGGUUGUUUAGUGAGGUUUGAGUCAGCACAAAACGCUAGCCACUCCAUCCUCUCAUCCAUUACCCUAUCGCUUCAACAAUAUGCAUAGAGUUCCCUGCAUAUACUUACACUAUGACCUUGCUAUCCAAAUGUUGCAGGAAUAUUUUGGACCUAGAACUAUUACCCACAUUAAGGCUCCAUUGUGCCUGUUCUUGAUAAUAUAUUAAGCACCUUAUUGUCAGUUCCAAGGGAACCAGACGCUCCCAACAAGAGUCAAUAUACUCAAUUCUGCUGCUCCCCCACGACUGUAUUUCCUUACAAAUGUGGCCCCAUUCAGGAGUAGAUAAACUACUGCUCACAGCAUAAGCAUUAUUGCCAUAAAGCAUU